AUGUCCACCAUAAGCAACGGCGUGCCUGGUCCAAGGGAACACUACCCUAUAUACCAGCAGGAGGUUGGUACGGUGCUGUCCGCGGAUAGUUCUCUACCCUUGUUAUUUCAGCCACUCAAAAUUCGCAACAUUCAGUUCAAGAAUCGGAUCUUUGUGUCUCCCAUGGCUCAGUGGAGCUCUGAUAAUGGACACGCCACCGACUGGCAUCUUGUUCACUAUGGCGGCCUUGCCACUCGUGGAGUAGGCGCAAUAUGCAUAGAAGCUACGGCAGUACUUCCGGAGGGCCGUGGAUCCGCUCCGGAUGCGGGCAUCUGGACCGACUCACAUAUAGAACCUCUCAAAAGAAUCGUCGAUUUCGCUCAUGCACAUGGGACUGUCAUCGGUGUGCAAUUAGUGCACUCAGGAAGGAAAGGGUCUGGGUACAGUCCGUGGGUGUAUAAGACGGCUGUAAGACCACAGCGACCUGUGAACUAUACUGCUGGAGCCGAUGAUGGAGGUUGGCCUGAUGAUGUAUGGGCACCAAGCGCGAUCCAGUUCUCCAAGGGUUAUCCAUGCCCGAAGGAAAUGGAUGAAGAACGGAUGAAGUACGUCGAGGAAGCGUUUGUAGCUGCUACCAAGCGCUGUGAAGCAGCCGGAUUCGACUUUGUCGAACUACACGGAGCUCAUGGCUAUCUGCUGCACGAAUUCUGCUCACCACUAUCCAAUCUCAGAGAAGAUGAAUAUGGCGGUACACUCGAGAACCGCUUGCGAUACCCUCUUCAAAUCGUUGAACGCUGCCGCGAAGUUUGGCCGUCCACAAAGCCUCUGUUCUAUCGACUGAGCGCCACGGACUGGUCUGAAGGACACGAGAAAGACGAGCAAGGCAGUUGGAAGCAGUGGGGUAUCGAACAGAGCAUCAUUUUGUCUGGCGAGCUGAAGAAGCGAGGAGUAGACUUGAUUGAUGUCUCGACCGGAGGUCUUUGGUCGAAACAAAAGAUCCCCGUCGCUCCGGGGUAUCAGGUGCAGUUCGCGGAGGCCAUCAAGAAAGCUCAUCCCGAUGUUAUCGUCGGUGCUGUCGGUCUCAUAGACACGCCGCAAUAUGCGGAGCAGGUCCUCGAGUCUCAUCAAGCGGACGUUAUUUUCCUGGGACGGCCGUUUCUUAGGAAUCCACAUUGGGCCAUUCAGGCGGCGGAAGAUCUGGGUGUGGCCGUGAAGCCGGCAAAUCAGUACGAGAGGGGGUGGCCGACGAUACGCGCUCCGAUGAUUUCUGUUGACCAUCAUGAUUGUUUGAAAAGGUAG